CAUUUACACCAACCGCGCUAGAGGCGUGAAGCGCGAGUGAUUUCAAUGUUAAGUCAAUGUGCAGACGCGUUGACGCGCGUCAGGAGGUCCCGCGGCGCGGAAGAGGCGUUCGGCGCGAAGCGGAAGACGCGUUUCCGCCUCAUUCGCGCGUGAAGCUCGCGCGAAAGGCGCGAAUUGAGCGUUGUGCGCGGUACGCGCGAUACACGCGAAUGGGGUUUUUGUGCAUUUUGCAGUUCACGCGAAUUUGCGGCUGACGCCCGAGUUGAAAAAUUUGAACUUUGGCGGAAUUUCGCGCCGCGUUAACCAAUCAGGAGCCUGCUUGCUGCUGUGGCGACAGACCCGCCCAUAGUCAUUCAUUCAAAAUGGAGGAAAGGCUGAUAUUGUCCGUGAGCGGUCACCUGGGGAUAUAUGAUACAACUUCGUAUUUCUACAGAGACAGAAUCAAAAAGGACCUCGCUUGGAAGAGUGUCAGUGAGGAGAUUGGCCAACCUGAGGACAUCUGCCGAAAGAAGUGGAAAAGUCUCAGGGACACGUACCUCAAGGAGAGGAAGAAGGAGAUGGAGAAGAGGAGUGGGUCAGCAGCAGGGUCGGGGAAGAAGUGGAAGUACUCCCAGAUCCUGGGAUUCCUCGAGCCCUUCGUUACCCCACGGGAAACCAGCAGUAACAUGGGAGGGGUCGAGGCCCAGGUCAUGGAGUACAACCACCCCAGGGACCAGGGGGACAGUGAAACAGAGCCAACAGAAAUGGAUAAGGCGGAUCCAAGGUCCCCUGACGCUUCUCCUGUCUCCCCAGUCCCUGGUCCUUCACCCCCUGCUGCUGCACCCACAGGACAACAGAGGAGGAGAGCCACCCGGAGGCCCCGUGAUGAUCCUUCAGAGGUGGAGCAGACGCUGUUGGAGCUCCUGAGGCAUCCUCCAGCCCCCCCAACACCACCCCCACCAACACCACCCCCACCCCCCCCCCCCCACCAGCGUCUGAACACUUCCUCCUCAGCCUUCUGCCUUUCCUGCAGAGCAUGCCGCCUCAUACCAAAGAAAUGGUGA